AUGGAUUGGUUCAUGUUGGCAUUCACAACGACCAUCCUCACCUUCAUUCUCGUUCGUGUCCUCCGCGUGUUGGCUCCUGGUCGCACGAGACGUCCCCGAUCGUCGACGCCGGUCGAAUCAUCGUCAGAAAUGAGAAAGCUGAUGGAAAUGCAAAUGCAAAUGCUCGAAAUGAACCGGAAGCAGUGGAGCGAAAUUCAAACAUUCAAUCGGCAGAUUCUCUCGAGCCAAAACAACGCCUUGCCAGAAGAGAAGAGAUCGAAUACUCCGGAGAGCACUGCGCGCGAUCUCGUUAAGACAUCGGUAAGCUGAAUUCCUAUUUUCAGUUUUAUCAAAUUAUUAUUUCAGAAAUAUUCGACGCCAAAUCGCUCAGCCUCGCUGGAGAACUCUUCCGACUCUGCGAACAAGAGCAGCACGACAGAGCACGGAAUGCAGACCGAAGACGUGUUUGUGAGAUGUCGCACGCCGAUCUGCGACCCUUCCGAUAUGCCACAGCUCGAGCAGUAUGGAUCGGCUCCGUUCGACUACGAGUUCGGAGCUCGCCUUCCCCAGCCGUCGUUCUUCGCUAACUACCCGCUCCCAGCCCGUCCGGAUUCUCAGACUCCGGCCGAUUCGUUGGUCGCAAUGCUCAAAGAGAAUAAUCUUCCAUGGGAGUGGUGCCGCACGUUCGACAACAAAUCGUGCGCUUCGCUGGCCCAGCAGGAAAAGAACGAGAUUAUCGGCCAAUGGAUGCAGGAUGUGCAGAAGUGCGAGGAAAUUGUGCAACUAUUGAAUCAGAAGAUGGUUCUGAUUGCCGCUGAGAAUCAUCUCGAGGUGUCGGCGGCGGUGGAGAAGACCAUGAAGCUCGGUCGGAUGGUCGACGAUCUUAUUAGAGACACAAAAAAGGAGAAGACGGUUAAUGAAGAAUCGUCUAUUGCUUCGGAAAUCGCAGAGCUUGCGAUGAAAAUGAAUCCGCAAUGCGUUCGCAAAAUCAGGGACAUCAUUAAGAGUUACGACGUGAGGUUCUGAGCCGAAAUAAACUGUCUAAAAUGCUUUUCAGCCAAACGGAACGCUCACGACGAGGAAUCCCGAAUUGGAGAACAAGUUCCGUAGACAUCUCUCGAGCUCGGGCAGCAGCAGCAACGAUUUUUCAGAGUACAGCUCCAGCAGUCAGGACAGUCGGCGCACUGGCUUCAGCUACAACAGCAGUGGGACCUGUAA